AGAAUAUUAUAGUCGUAUUAAAGUAUUAACAAUAACUAGCCCAAGGGGGCAAGGGGUGCGCACCUAUGCACCCAUUCUGGUUUAGACUCCCCACCAACUUUACGAAAGCCAGUUUCCUGGAAGAAACCUUUCAGCCUCUCUUUCUCUCUCUCUCUCUCUCUCUACUUAAAAAAAACCAACAUCCUAUUGGACGCUCAGCCAAGUUCAUGCACCUCUCUCUUUCUCUCUUUCCACUCAUAUAGAUACAUACAUAUCAGUUCAUCUUCUUGAUUCUAUUGUAUAUUGCACUUCUCUUUCUCACUCGAAGCCAAACCCUUCAGUACUCUUUCUAUUUGUCCUUUUUUUUUCUUUUGUUUUCCAAAAGCACACUUUUUUUAUUUUAAUGGAAGCAAUGAACGUGUACUCCACUUCUUCUUCAGAAUCUUCCUCUUCGGAGUCUUCUUUUAAUGGUAACCAUACGCCAAGAAAUACUAACAAACCGGAGCGGAUCAAAGGUCCGUGGAGUGCUGAGGAAGACCGGAUUUUGACCCGACUUGUCGAACGACACGGACCUAGAAAUUGGUCCUUAAUUAGUCGAUAUAUUAAAGGGCGUUCUGGUAAAUCAUGCAGGCUUAGAUGGUGCAAUCAACUUAGCCCAAAUGUGGAGCACCGUCCAUUUUCUCCAGCUGAAGACGAGACAAUCUUGGCCGCUCAUGCUACGUACGGUAACCGGUGGGCCACCAUCGCCCGAUUGCUGCCUGGUCGAACCGAUAAUGCGGUGAAGAAUCACUGGAACUCUACUUUGAAGAGAAGAGCAAGAGAACAGCAGCAUCAAAUGAUAAUGGAGGGUAAUUUUGAUAAUAUAAGUAACAAUAUAGUAGAAGAGGUUACUGUUGCUGUUGCAUCAAGAUCUACUUCGCAGGUGGUAGUAGAAGAAGAGAAGGAAGAUGCGCUGACCGCUUUGACUCUUGCGCCGCCGGGGGUUGGUGUUAAUGGGGGUAGUUGCAGUGGUGAUGGUGGAUUGGCGGCGGAGAAGGCAGCGGAAAGUUUGCCAGCUGAGUUUUGGGAUGUGAUGAGAGAUGUGAUUGCUAGAGAAGUGAGAGAAUUUAUGAGUUCAAGUAUUAAUGAGAGUACUGCUUCGGGUUUCCAUUAGCAAAAAUAAAAGAAGAACAAUGGCUGGUGUUGUUGUUAUUUGGUUUGAUUAACUUGAUGGUGUUAAUACGAUGAUCUUAAGUAAUUACCAUUAAUUUUCUUAUUAAUGGAGUAUUUGUUUUCCUAA